GCAACCAUUCGUGAGAGAAGAGAGAGAGAGAGAGGAGAAGAGAGAGAGAGAGGGGUAAAGGCCAUCUUUUUAUUUCUUUGCAGUACGAAUUGUUCAUGCCCAAAAAGAUUUCAGCUUUGAGGCCCAUACCGAGAGAGACAAGAGAGAGAGAGAGAGAGAGAGAGAGAGAGAGGGGAAAAAGAACAUCUUUUUAUUUCCUUGCGAAAACCGUGUACUGAUCGUGCCCCAGAAGACUUCAUCUUGGAGGCCCAAACCCUUCUUUGCGAGUCUAUUGUGAGUCUGGAGGAGGAGGGCUGUUUGGUUUUGUUCUUUUCCUCUAGCCUUCUGUCCACCUAAACCACUUAUAUUUCCCUCAGAAAAGGGGAGUAAAAAACCCAUUCUUUCCUCUGUGGCGUCUCUCUGUAUCUGUGUGUCUCUCUGUGUGCAAGCGAUCUCAGGUGGGUUGUAUCUGCGAGUUAGAAGCACUUCUCUUCGAUCAUGGUGAGACGCCAUGGGUGGCAGCUCCCUGCUCAUACCUUUCAGGUUGUUGCCAUAACAGUGUUCUUCCUUUUGGUUGUCGCAUUCUAUGCCUUCUUUGCACCUUUCCUUGGUAAACACAUUUUUGAAUAUGCAUCAGUUGCUGUUUACACUCCUGUGGCAAUUGCGGUUUUUAUACUUUAUGUACGCUGUACCCGCAUAAACCCUGCUGAUCCUGGAAUUAUGUCAAAGUUUGACAAUGAAUUCAAACAUCAACGGAACAAAAAUCCUGGAAUGCCCAACGGAACCUUACCUUCUAACCAUGAAAACAAUGCAAGUGGAGCACAUUCUUCCCCAACAUCCGCAUGUAGGAGCUCCCUAGAUGGUUCUAAUAGAAAAGUUUCAGCCAUUGAAGAUGCAACUAUAAAUAUGUCAACUGGUCCACAAAGACAAAGUUCAGCUUGCUGCAGCAUUGGAGGAUUUAUGUGUGCAUUGUUUGUUAAAGAAGAUUGCCGCAAACUUGAAGACACUGAGGAACAAGCUGGUGGCGAAGAUGCUUUAUUUUGUACAUUGUGCAAUUCUGAGGUGCGCAAAUACAGUAAGCAUUGUAGAAGUUGUGAUAAAUGUGUGGAUGGAUUUGAUCAUCAUUGUCGGUGGCUUAAUAAUUGUGUGGGAAGAAAAAAUUAUGUCAGCUUUAUAGCUCUUAUGGCCACGAGUCUUGUUUGGCUUGCAAUCGAGUGUGGAGUUGGUAUUGCUGUUCUUAUACUUUGCUUCGUUGAUAAAAAGAACAUGGAGAACAACAUUGAGGAAAAGCUUGGAAAUGGUUUUUCUCGAGUUCCAUUCGCAACUGUUGUGGCUAUUUGUACCGCAGUGUCAAUAGUGGCAUGCAUACCUUUGGGAGAAUUGUUCUUUUUCCACAUGAUACUGAUAAAAAAGGGAAUCACAACCUAUGAGUAUGUUGUGGCUAUGAGAGCAAUGAGUGAGGCACCUCCAGCAUCAGCCGAUGAAGAAGUGCCUAACCUUCUUUACUCCCCAACUAAUUCUGCAACAACAGGCUUGAGUGUUGGAAGUUCUAUCAGUAUUCAGUACAAAGGCGUAUGGUGCACUCCUCCAAGGGUCUUUGUCGAUCACCAGGAUGAGAUAAUUCCACACUUGGAACCUGGGAUGGUACCAUCAACUAUAGAUCCAGAUGCAACUGGGUAUGCGGAAAGAGCAAAUAAGUCCAAAAAGGCUGUUAAGAUCAGUGCAUGGAAGCUUGCCAAAUUGGACUCUAAUGAGGCGAUAAAAGCGGCGGCCAAAGCCAGGGCAUCCUCUUCAGUCCUUCGGCCCAUAGAUGCUCAUCGUGUUCCUGAUGUUGAUUUAAGUUCCAGCGGAAAUGCAAGUGGUAGGAGCAGUCUAAGCAUGGAUUAUAGUGCUACCAGAGAAUCAAGAGGGGAACUGAAAUUAUCUCCUCUAAGAAGUUCUUAUGUGCAAAGUCUCACUAGCAAGGAUGACUAUGAGACCCAAACUCAGAGUGCAAGCAGCAUGAGCAGUCCAGUUCACAUUCAUGAAUCUGUUGCCCUCAACUCACUUCCUUUGCCGCAUCCUCUUCCUGAUCGACCUCCACCAUUUGCUGCGAGAGGUCAGCCUCAAACUAGCCAACAUACCAACACAAUGUUCCAAACUGCCACUGCAAUUGUUAGGGAGAAUAAAAAAGUUUCUGUUGUCUGGGAUCAAGAAGCCGGCCGCUAUGUCUCGGUACCAGGAACUAAUCGAAUUGACAAUACUAUGGAUGUCCCAGCUAGGACUUCUCGGGUUCCCUUGGUUAAUUCUUCUGCAGAAGCUUGUGCUUUUGAAAGAAGGGCUUCUCAACCAAAGGCUUCUUCGUCCGUGGUGCCUCCUAUACUGGCACAAGAGAGAUUAACAUACAGUGGGCAGUCAAUAUUCUUUGGUGGUCCUCUUCUCAAUGCUCCAGCUAAAGACACUAAGCAAAGUGACAGCAGCACCAGAAUGUGGCCGGAAACUGAGAGGGCAUCAAAUACGAAUCGUGGUGGAAGAGAGAGGGGACAAGUAGUCGACUCGUUCCCUGUGUUUGCUCCUGGAGCUUUCCAGAAGAAUCUUCCAUCCAAGUGAUUCCUCCUCUUCUCUUUCCCUUUGGCUUCGCCAUCCCGGAAACAUCCGAGUUGGUACUUGAGAUCUGCAUUCCAGUAUCUUGAGGUGAUGCUGAGCAAUGACUUGCUUUCGCAAAGCUUACCUCUGCAUUAAUAGAGGCAAAGCAAACAUAAGAAUGAUUCCCAUUAUGUCCAAGUUCUCCCACAUUGCUACCUUGUGUUGGAGCUUCUUAUUUGAUCAGAGAAUCUCUGUAGAUAAGUCACCAGAUGUAAUUUUCUCCAAGAACUAUGUUGUUCUGAUGUAUGUUUUGUCUUUGACAAUGUUCAGUAGCUGUUCUUUCUUUUUCCUGACACAAUUGGCUUAGAAGAACUGCAACAUCAGUUUUUUAUGUUUGGAAAUAGAAACUCUCUUUUCCAUA